GACACAAAAGAGAGUGAGAGAAAACGUGAAGUCUACUCAGGAUUCUACGCUACUGUGACCCUUUUGUUGUCUCUCUCUCGCGCGCUUUCUCCUCUCCAACUGAUUCUUCAGUUUCAUUUCCAUCUCUUGUUUAACAGGAUUAUUUACAUUCAGAGACUUUGAAUUCUCGCGGUGCAAUCAGUUGCUUGCUGAUCUGUGUUUGGUGAUUUCCGGAUGCUGUGCAGCAUCAUUAUAUAUAUCAUAUCCGAUUUGGUGCCAAUUAGGGUUUAGGAUAGGGUUUGAUUUCGAGAGAGAGAUUGGUUGAUAAUGUUAUCGAAUCAUCUACAGGAUGGAAUCGAGACCGCUAAGCUGUUAUGGUCUCGAAUUCCAAAUUCAGAGGAUGGUGAGUUCGAGAGAGUUGGUCUCUUGAGCACAAGCGAUGGGAGACCUGUGGAGAGCCUUGAUUACGAAGUUAUUGAGAAUUAUGCGUAUCGAGAAGAACAGGCGCAGAGAGGGAAACUUUAUGUUGGAUAUUGUGUAGCUGUGAAGUGGUUAUUUGCUUUGCUCAUUGGUAUCGGUACUGGAUUAGCUGCAGUUUUCAUUAAUCUAUCUGUUGAGAACUUCGCUGGCUGGAAAUUUUCACUGACUUUUUCUAUAAUACAAAAAUCAUAUUUUGCCGGCUUCAUAGUAUAUGUAUUAAUUAACUUGGCUUUAGUCUAUUCAUCUGUAUAUAUUGUCACACAAUUUGCGCCCGCAGCAGCAGGAUCUGGUAUUCCUGAAAUUAAAGGUUAUUUGAAUGGAAUCGAUAUUCAUGGAAUUCUACUUUUCAGAACCUUGAUUGGAAAGAUAUUUGGAAGUAUUGGUUCUGUGGGAGGGGGUCUUGCUUUAGGCAAAGAAGGUCCCCUUGUUCAUACUGGUGCUUGUAUUGCUUCUUUACUUGGACAAGGUGGAUCCACCAAAUUUCAUCUAAGUUCCAGGUGGUUACAAGUUUUCAAAACUGAUCGUGAUCGCCGUGAUCUUGUGACUUGUGGAUGUGCAGCUGGAGUUGCAGCUGCUUUUAGAGCUCCUGUUGGUGGUGUAUUGUUUGCAUUAGAAGAGGUUACAUCUUGGUGGAAGAGUCAACUUAUGUGGCGUGUCUUUUUUACUUCCGCUAUUGUGGCAGUGGUAGUGCGUACUGCAAUGGGAUGGUGUAAGAGUGGAAAGUGUGGGCAUUUUGGCUCGGGUGGUUUUGUUAUAUGGGACAUAUCAGAUGGUCAAGAAGACUACUCUUUUGGGGAAUUACUUCCAAUGGCUGUUAUUGGUGUUAUUGGUGGUCUACUUGGAGCAUUAUUUAACCAGCUCACACUUUAUAUUACUAAAUGGCGCCGAAAUUACUUGCACAAGAAAGGCUCCCGAGUGAAGAUUGUUGAAGCAUGCCUAGUCUCUGUGAUAACAUCUGCUAUUUCUUUUGGAUUACCACUUCUAAGAAAAUGCAGUCCAUGCCCUGAAUCAGAUCCUGACUCUGGUAUUGAGUGCCCACGGCCUCCGGGAAUGUAUGGAAAUUAUGUAAAUUUUUACUGUGGCAAGAGCAACGAGUACAAUGAUCUUGCAACAAUUUUCUUUAAUACUCAGGAUGAUGCUAUAAGGAAUCUGUUUAGUGCGAAGACAAUCCAUGAGUUCAGUGCCCAAAGUUUAUUAACAUUUCUGGUGAUGUUUUAUACCCUAGCUGUGGUGACAUUUGGCACAGCAGUUCCUGCUGGUCAGUUUGUCCCUGGAAUAAUGAUAGGAUCAACAUAUGGACGCAUUGUCGGCAUGUUUGUUGUUAAAUUUUACAACAAGCCCAACAUUGAGGAGGGAACAUAUGCUUUGUUGGGCGCUGCUUCCUUCCUUGGAGGUUCUAUGCGUAUGACAGUCUCAUUAUGUGUCAUAAUGGUUGAGAUCACAAACAACUUGAAGCUUUUACCUCUCAUCAUGCUUGUCCUCCUUAUAUCAAAGGCCGUUGGUGAUGCUUUUAAUGAAGGUCUAUAUGAAGUUCAAGCUGAAUUGAGAGGCAUUCCAUUACUAGAUUCUAGGCCUAAAUAUCAAAUGAGAAAAAUGACUGCAAAGGAAGCUUGUGGAAGUCAGAAGGUUGUCUCCUUUCCUCGGGUUGCUAAGGUUGCAGAUGUAGUUUCUAUCUUACGAAGCAAUAAACACAAUGGUUUUCCUGUGAUUGAUCACACAAGGAAUGGAGAAACCCUUGUAAUUGGACUUGUUCUUCGCAGCCACUUGCUAGUGCUUCUUCAGUCUAAGGUAGAUUUUCAGCAUAGUCCUUUGCCUUGUGAUCCUAGAGGUGCUUCCAGUACAAUCAGGCACAAUUUCGGUGAAUUUGUGAAACCUGCCUCCAGUAAAGGAAUUUCCAUAGAUGAUAUUCAUCUCAGUUCAGAUGACUUAGAAAUGUACAUUGAUCUUGCCCCAUUUUUGAAUCCUUCUCCAUAUGUUGUCCCUGAGGACAUGUCUUUAACAAAGGUAUAUAAUCUUUUCCGCCAGCUAGGAUUAAGACAUAUAUUCGUUGUUCCUCGUGCUUCACGUGUGAUUGGCUUGAUUACCAGAAAGGAUUUGCUUAUUGAGGACAAUGAGGAUUCAGCUAGUAUGGAGCUCCAAUCAACUAGUGUAAGAACUAAAUAUUUAGAUAGAAGAAUGUUCACUAGGAAUACAGAUGUGCAGCGCCCACUUAUCAAUGGUGUAUUGAUCCGAGAUCAUGUCCCUGCUUGAAAUCGCCAUCCAAUUCUUCCUCAUUGGAUCACAUUUCCAGCUGAUGAUGCUGACCGAUUAUAUCCUUGAAUACCAAUUCUUUUCUCUCACUUCAUUUUUUUUGUAAUGAAAUAGAAUAUAGAUUCUCCUAGGCUUUCAUCUCUGUGAAUUAUUAUUCGCUGUCCCCUUCCAUGCAGGGGUCGUGAACCACACUUGAUCUUAUAUUUUUGUAAUCUAUUCAGAUAUGGGGGGAAAAAAAUACAGAAAUGCAAAUGUUCUCAAAGGAAGCUUUAUAGAAUUAUUUUGUUAGAAUGGAUAAUGCGUUCAUGAAUU